CACUUCCGGCGGAUGGACAGUCCGUCCACAGCUGGCGGCCCCUGGGUGACGCGUAGGCCUGGGAGAGGCAAACAUGGACGACUAUAACCUGGAGGAGUUCCGCCGGCGCUGGCAGGAGGAGUUGGCGCAGUCACAGGCGCUGAGGCGACGGCGGCGGCCUGAGGCUGCGGAGCGGCGGCCUCGGAGGCCCGAGGCGGGAGCGCGAGGCGAGCCGGCCUCGGGGUACCUGGGGCUGGCGCAGGGUCUGCUGGAGGGCGCGGGCCGACCUCCGGCGCCCAGGCCUGGCCGGACCGACAGGAAGGAUGCAUCCAGCCGUUCGCGCUCACCCCCGGACCGCGACGCCGCGGAGCCCGAGCCACUGGUGGAUCAGCUCAUCCGUGACUUGAAUGAAAUGGAUGAUGUGCCCUUCUUUGAUGUCCAUCUGCCUUACGAACUGGCGAUCAAUAUAUUUCAGUAUCUGAACAGAAGAGAGCUGGGUCUGUGUGCUCAGGUGAGCAAGACGUGGAAGGUGAUUGCCGAAGACGAGGUGCUGUGGUACCGGCUGUGCCGACAGGAGGGCCACCUUCCCCACAGCAGAUUCUCCGAUUACACCUGCUGGAAGCUCAUCUUGCAAGAGUGCCUCGCCAAGGAACACACGUUAAGAGCCAACUGGAAGAAUCGCAAAGGUGCCGUGAGCGAGCUGGAGCAUGUUCCAGAUGCUGUUUUAUGUGACGUGCGUUCUCACGAUGGUGUUGUCAUCGCAGGAUACACGUCAGGGGAUGUGAGGGUGUGGGACACCCGCACCUGGGACUAUGUGGCCCCCUUCCUGGAGUCUGAGUCUGAGGAGGAGGAUCCUGGAAUGCAGCCAUAUGUCUCCUUUGUGAGGAUCAACAGCUCGCUGGCAGUGGCAGCUUACGAGGAUGGGAUUCUUAACAUUUGGGACCUGAGAACCGGGAGGUUCCCUAUCUUUCGUUUUGAGCAUGAUGCAAGAAUACAAGCCCUUGCGCUGAGCCAGGAAAAGGCCGUUAUUGCCACAGCUUCCGCUUUUGACGUUGUGAUGUUAUACCCCAACGAUGAGGGGCACUGGCAUGUAGCCUCGGAAUUUGAAGUUCAGAAACUGGUUGACUACCUUGAAAUAGUUCCGAAUACUGGGAGGUAUCCUGUGGCCAUAGCCACGGCCGGGGACCUGGUGUACCUGCUGAAGGCCCAUGACUCAGCCAGAACCCUUCAUUAUGUCUACGGCCAGCCUGCCACAUGUCUGGAUGUCUCAGCCAGCCAGGUCGCCUUUGGAGUGAAGAGUCUGGGAUGGGUGUAUGAAGGGAACAAGAUCCUGGUGUACAGCUUGGAAGCAGAGCGCUGCCUCUCGAAGCUCGGCAACGCACUUGGAGACUUCACCUGUGUCAACCUCCGGGACAGCCCUCCCAACCUCAUGGUCAGCGGCAACAUGGACAGGAGAGUGAGGAUCCAUGACCUCCGCAGCGAUAAGAUCGCCCUGUCGCUGUCUGCACAUCAGCUGGGGGUGUCCGCAGUCCAGAUGGACGACUGGAAGGUGGUCAGUGGAGGCGAGGAGGGGCUGGUGUCUGUGUGGGAUUACCGCAUGAACCGCAAGCUGUGGGAGGUGCACUCCAGGCACCCUGUGCGCUAUCUCUCCUUCAAUAGCCACAGCCUGAUCACCGCCAACGUGCCCUACGAGAAGGUGCUGAGAAACUCCGACCUCGACAACUUUGCCUGUCACAGGAGACAUCGUGGCCUGAUCCAUGCCUAUGAGUUUGCUGUGGACCAGCUGACCUUCCAGAGCCCCCUUCCUGUCUGCCGCUUACCACGUGACACCAUGGACGGAUCCAGUUAUGACCUAGCACUAUCUUUCCCCCAUGACAGCCUUUAGGGUGCCACCUCAUGUAGAAGUGGGAAGGGCAGUUUUACAAGUAUUAGAGCUGGAGGGAGGCUCUGCAGCACGUAGCGGGAGUUUGACAGUGCCCUGUUGCCCUGUGCAGAGCCGGACUCCACUGUUGCUUUCCUCCCUCCCUCCCUCCCUCCCUCCCAGGGCUUUGGUAGGACUGGCUAAUGACUCAGAGUUAACCUUUCCAGGGGUGGCUCCUCCCCGUCAGCCCGUGGCAGCAGUGACACCCUCCCUCGUUCCACAGGCCGGGCACAUGGGGCCUUCACUCCCACUGGUCUCCUGGGUGUGGUGCUGAGGGUGGAACCUAGAGUCUCAUACAUGGAGGCAAGCGCUCAGCCCCCAACGCUUCCCCAGCUUGCAGUGCUCUCCUGACCCCACCCAGCGCAGCCCCCUCAGGGGUUCUCACACAGUUCAUAAUUACAGAGCCACCCUUACCUGUGUGAGGAGUGUUCCGCUUCACUUGCUGUUCUGUCCUGUACAUGUGCAGGAGACAGCCAUCCCUCCCUGCAGAGGGAAAGGGCCAUUGCCCAGGGGUGGGGAGGGGGUCCCUUCCCUCAGCAGCCACAGCUCACCCACUCUGCCUUCAGAGUAUCACAGGCAAAUCCUCACACAGUGGCCAGGAGACCCAGUCACAGCUCUUCAAAAUCCCCACAGACUAGGCACCUAACACAUGUAGAGGCCACCAGGUCUCAGGAGGCAGAGUCCCUCCCCCAGCGAAUACCAGCUCAAAAGACAAGUGGGCCAGCCAGCUCCACAUUGGAUCUGCAGAGAGCUCCAUGGGGUGGAGCCCAAGCCUGGGACAAACGGUGCUGAAAAGGGGUGUACACCUCGCCCAGAGUCACGCCGAGAGCCGGCAGCCUGCUCUGUGUCCAGUGCUGGAAUGGAGUCUGGUGGGGCCAUGAUCUCAGAUCACAACAUUGAGCCUGAGAUGCCCAUGUCUGCUGCACAGGACACAGAGCCUGCUGAGGCUGAGGCCUCUCCUCUUGCAGAACCCUUCCCUUACAGAACACAAAGUGCCCAGGGCAGCACAUCUCCCUCUCGCUGGGCUGGCGCCCCCUGCUGGCCAGGUCUUGCUGUCUUCACUGACGAUUUCACAGUCCUGGAGCUGUCCACUGGAGAAACCACCAGAAACUUGUGCGGUCAGCUCCCUUCCAGGCUUCACAGCCAUGAGAGGCUACUGAAGAGCUUCAAGCGCAGACGCAGAGGUGACUAGUUUCAAGCAAACAUACUCUCCUGGUCCCCAGCCCUGCCCCGUUAGGAAAAGCACCCAGAGCCUCUGCUCUCAGCCUCCUGAAGACACCCCCUUCCUCCAGAUCUGCCCUCACUGGCAUCCGGGGUUGCUGCCGCCACACUGGGAACAGGGUAGGGAACAGGUGGUCUCUGUUAGCUCCUGUGCUGCCUCUGAAGCUGGAAGACACCAGGAUGCAUCCCUGAGAGCUAGAGGUGGCCACACCCUGCAGCUUGCCUCUGCCUUAAGGGGCCACAUCUGCUCUGUUAUUAAAGGUUCUGGACUUA